GCUCCAGGUACAUGCGACAACGCUGCAGCUAUGAGUGGAAUUUUAAAGAGGAAGUUUGAAGAUGUGGAUGCCUCCUCACCCUGCUCCUCUGCUCGGGAAUCAGACGAUGAAGUCUCCAGCAGUGAGAGCGCUGACAGCGGGGAUAGUGUCAAUCCAUCCACCUCUAAUCACUUCACCCCUUCCUCCAUCCUCAAAAGAGAGAAACGGCUGAGGACGAAGAAUGUGCAUUUCAGUUGUGUGACCGUGUACUACUUCACCAGGAGGCAGGGCUUCACCAGUGUGCCCAGCCAGGGGGGCAGCACUCUGGGCAUGUCCAGCCGUCACAACAGCGUGCGCCAGUACACCCUGGGCGAGUUUGCAAGGGAGCAGGAACGGCUGCACCGGGAGAUGCUGAGAGAACACCUCAGGGAGGAGAAGCUCAACUCGCUAAAGCUAAAGAUGACUAAGAAUGGCACAGUGGAAUCCGAAGAAGCUAGCACUCUGACAGUGGAUGACAUUUCCGAUGAUGACAUUGAUUUAGACAACACAGAAGUAGAUGAAUACUUCUUCCUACAACCCCUGCCCACAAAAAAACGAAGAGCCCUGCUGCGUGCCUCUGGAGUGAAGAAGAUAGACGUGGAAGAAAAACAUGAGCUGCGAGCCAUCCGCCUGUCUCGGGAGGACUGUGGCUGUGACUGCAGAGUGUUUUGCGAUCCAGAAACAUGUACCUGCAGCCUGGCAGGCAUUAAGUGUCAGGUGGAUCGUAUGUCUUUCCCAUGUGGCUGCACUAAAGAAGGCUGUAGUAACACAGCAGGUAGAAUUGAAUUUAAUCCUAUCCGUGUCCGGACUCAUUUUUUGCACACAAUAAUGAAACUUGAACUCGAGAAAAACCGAGAGCAGCAAAUCCCCACGCUGAACGGCUGCCAUGGUGAGAUAAGCGCCCACGGUGCUUCCAUGGGCCCCGUCUCUCACUCUGUAGAAUAUUCCAUCGCAGACAAUUUUGAGAUUGAAACCGAACCCCAGGCUGCCGUGCUGCACCUGCAGGAAGAAUUGGAUUGCCAAGGAGAGGAGGAGGAAGAGGAGGAAGAUGGAAGCAGUUUCUGCAGUGGAGUCACUGACUCGAGCACACAAAGCUUGGCCCCCAGUGAAUCUGAUGAGGAGGAAGAGGAGGAGGAGGAAGAAGAGGAGGAGGAAGAAGAAGAUGACGAUGAUGACAAGGGAGAUGGCUUUGUCGAAGGGCUCGGAGCCCAUGCUGAAGUCGUGCCUCUUCCUUCUGUUCUUUGUUACUCUGAUGGCACCGCCGUUCAUGAAAGCCACACAAAAAAUGCUUCGUUUUACACUAGCUCUUCAACUCUGUACUACCAAAUUGAUAGUCACAUCCCAGGAACUCCUAGCCAGAUCUCUGACAACUAUUCUGAAAGAGAUACUGUCAAAAACGGUGCCCUUUCGCUGGUGCCUUACACCAUGACCCCAGAGCGAUUUGUUGACUAUGCCAGACAAGCAGAAGAGGCAUAUGGGGCCUCCCACUACCCAGCUGCCAACCCUUCUGUCAUUGUUUGCUGCCCCACUUCUGAAAACGAUAGUGGGGUGCCCUGUAACACCUUAUAUCCUGAACACAGGUCCAAUCUUCCCCAAGUGGAAUUUCACUCAUACUUGAAAGGCCCUUCCCAGGAAGGGUUUGUCUCCACGUUGAAUGGCGACAGCCACAUUUCAGAGCAUCCUGCAGAAAAUUCUCUGAGCCUUGCGGAAAAGAGCCGAUUGCACGAGGAAUGCAUCAAAUCCCCCGUGGUGGAGACGGUCCCGGUUUAG